AUGUUGCAAUUUAAACCCCCAAAGAUGACUAUCAUACCAAAGGGUCUCCAGCCUGGAGAGACGAUUGCUUUCGUCUCCCCAUCGUUCCGCGUCAAUAAGUUCCAUCCGUUCGUCGUGGAACGCGCUAAAGUUGUCCUGGAGGCAAAGGGAUACCCCGUGAAGAUCUUUUGGACCGACGAAGACCCCAAGACCACGACGAUUGCCCAGCACAUCCUCAAUCGCAAACAGGAGAUCCUGGAGGCGUUUGCGGACCCGGAAGUCAGAGCCAUCUGCUGCACUGUGGGUGGCACGACAGCGGACGAGCUCAUACGGCCCUUUCUAUACGAUGAGGCGGCGGCGGAUAUCAUCCGCAAGAACCCCAAGAUAUUCUUCGGAUACUCUGAUAUCACCAUUUUGCACUGGAUCCUUUACCAUCUGUCCGGGCUGCGGACCUUCUACGGGCCAGGUGUCGAUCCGGAGCUGGGCGAAGCACCGGCGCCCAUGACUUUUACGCUGGACAAUCUACUCCGCGCAAUUACCCAUGAUGAUUCCACCGGAACGCCGCCUAGGCCCAUUGGCCCCGUCGCUCGGUCGAAGGAGUACGCCCCAUUGGCUCCGAAUUACGCCCUGGAAAAUGGGGCGAACACAAAGCCCAGAACACUGGCUCCAACCCCCGCCUGGCGCUGGAUUCGGGGCGGCGCGUCCACAGGCCGCAUUUUCGGCGGAUGUCUCACUCUUGUUCUUCGAUUGCAUGGCGUAAGACAACUCGAGCCCGACUGGAGCGGGCGAGUGCUUUUCCUGGAGACUGCUACGGCCGAUGAUGAGACAAAGGGCCUACCUCUCUAUCGGAUCCGACAAUACAUCGCUGACUUGAUUGCGUAUGGCGUGAUGGAUCAGAUCAACGGACUGAUAUUUGGGCGCUUUUAUGGGUACGACAGCCAGGAAUCACAAGAUGAGCUAGCAGGAGUCAUUCACGGGCUGCUCUGCGAUGGCGACAUAGUAAAAAACAACAAGGCGUUUCCGAUCUUGAUGAAUGUAGAUAUUGGGCACACCUCGCCAUUGAUUACGAUUCCCAUGGAUGCGUUGGUUGGGCUGGAUUCCGCUAAAGAUGAGUUUUCGAUACUAGAAGCCGGAAUCCAGUGA